AUGUCACAACGAAAAGCAAACAAGAACCACCCCAAGAGGGCCAGCGGUCACACAAAUGUGGCUUCUAAAUCAACUGAUUUACAGACCUUGAAUGAAAUGUUCCCUGAUUGGGAGACUGACGACUUGGCUACUCUAUUAAUCGAGCACAACAACGACGUGGAGUUCGUAAUCGACUCAAUUGUGAACAAUAAAGUUGCGAAAUGGGAACCUAUCAAAAAGGAUACGAAACCCAAGAAAAGGGAGGAAUCACACGAUUCUGUAACUCCAACGACAAGUUCACAAAAUCACGACCAAGGCUUCAAGCUGCAAAAAAAAGACAAAGUAAAGGUUGAUAAGAGGAGAGAUAAGAAAGCGGCGCACACUCCAAGGAAAGACUCUGCGUCAUCCUCUUCCGCCAGCAAGUCUUUGAGUAUCGAAAGUGGGAAAUUGUCUACUAGUAGAUCCAAUAAUACAGAGGGAGCUCAAAAGAUCCAGCUGAAUUCUUGGGCCGCAACUCUUGGCAAGGAAUCAAAAGCGAAGUCAGGGACAACCCCUUCAUCUGUUACCGAGGCGAUUGGUGAAACAGAGUCGCAGGAGAGAAAAUAUACACUGAAGCGCGAAUCUGAUUUCCAGGCUGACUCAAAAAGGCAUACGGACUCCGGUAGUAACGAGGAGCACACAAAAGAACAAACACCAACCUCACUGACAUCAUGGGCUUCUGCUAUCAAACCCAAGUCAAAACCACAGCCAAGAAAAGACGUUUCGUAUGAGACCUCUGCUCCUAAGAGUGUUCUGGAUCAAAAGAGUAAUGUUCUUCCGAUAAAAGCGCAGGCACCAGACUCAUCAAAAUCCGACGAAACAACUUUGGAGCCAAUAACAAAGCCUAAUGUGAGCGAUUAUCAUACCAAGGAUAGCACCACCACUGUAAAAGAGUCAGAAGUGAUCUUGCCCCAAGAGGUUAGUAACAUUGGUGUUUCUUUUGGCUCCUUGACUUUAGGAUCAAAGGAUGCGAACGUGGAGCGUGAAGAGAACACGGCCCUGAACAGUUUGGCAUCUGAAUCAAUCAAACCACAACAGGCGGUCGAUGAGCAAAUGUACCAUGAUCCUCAAGACUCUGUUAGAGGUUCCGAAACGAUCAAUCAGUAUACACAAAUCCAAAAUCAACACGCCCAACAGGUGCAGCAGUCAAAGCCGACGCAGCUGGUAGACCAAAUAUCGCAAGCUCAACAACUGCAAGGACAACAUGAGCAACAUCAUUCUGGGCAAGGUCAGCAAAAUUACCCGCAGCAGCAACACCACCAGCAACAGAAGAAUGCUCCGCAGGGCCAGGAAUUUCAAUCGCAGUAUCAGCAAAUGCAACAGCAGUAUCCUCAACAGGCUGCUGCGGGUAAUAUUCCCGGUCAGUUUGCAUAUCCUGGCUACGAUUACUCCGCUGCAUUUGCACAGGCAGGUGUUGGAUCAAUUUCUCCGGCUUACUAUCAUAACACUAUGAAUGCUUCAGUUCACGGCAAGAGUGGGUCACAUGGAGGUAGCAAUGCUGAUUUUGGGCUGUCUCCUCUAAUUCAAGGAUCUACCAUUGCACAACAAAAUUUAUCUCAACAAGCACAACAAAUCCCCGGAUCAGCGCCCUUUGGCUUCCCAAACUAUUACAAUUACUAUUACAAUACCCCGUUCUAUGGAAAUGGCGCCAAUAUUGGAGCUACAGGUGGUGGAUAUGGAAUGCAGCCUCAUAUGAGUGAUAACAGUGGCGGUAAUAACACAAGUGCUGGCGACGGCGAAGCGCCUUCACAAGAUUCGCAAAAUGCACAGUCAGUCAAUCAGUACUAUGGACAGUAUUAUGCAGCUCCAAAUCAAUUUAAUGCCCGUGGCGGAUACCCAUUCACGGGGUAUCCAGCAACUCAGCCAUUUCCACUGAGCUCUGUACAAUUUGGUGGCCUGAAUGACAAACAGGAACAAGCAGGUCAACAACAACAAAAUCAGCAAGGUCAGCAACAACACCAGCAACAACAAAAUCAACAACAGCAGGGUCAGCAGAGACCGCAGAUUUCCAACUCACAAACAGGACCUGUGCCUAACGUUGUUCCUGGCUACCCCCAGCAAAUGCCACAAUUCGCGAAUUAUCAACAGUACCAUCAGUACGGAAAUUAUCAGGACAGCAAUCAGUAUCAAAAAAGUCCUCCCAAAUUUCUUCUCAUACUAAACACACAUAUUAACAAAUGUCUACAGAGAAGAAAAAGUCUUCUAGGAAGAAGAAGGACCCAAACGCUCCAAAGAGAUCAUUAUCAGCGUACAUGUUCUUUGCCAACGAGAACAGAGACAUUGUGA